GGGGCGGAGGGCAGGCUGGCAGCGGAGCUUGAAUAGGGAAGUUUUGCAGCAGCGGCGCUCGCAGUCAGUCCGGUGUUUGCAAAUAUUGUGUGGGCUCCGCGCGCCGCGGCUGAGGGAGGGUCCGGCCGGGCGUCCGAUCGCCGCGCCAGGAGUUUGCAUGCAACUUUCACCUGCGCUCGCGGGCCGAGUUUCCCCUGCGACUCCAGCGCGCGCGGCCGCCCGGGCUACCGCCGUCGGGCACCGUCCGCACCCCGCCAUGGACGUGCUUCCCAUGUGCAGCAUCUUCCAGGAGCUGCAGAUCGUGCACGAGACCGGCUACUUCUCGGCGCUGCCGUCCCUGGAGGAGUACUGGCAACAGACCUGCCUGGAAUUGGAACGCUACCUCCAGAGUGAACCCUGCUAUGUUUCAGCCUCAGAAAUCAAAUUUGACAGCCAGGAAGAUCUGUGGACCAAAAUCAUUCUGGCUCGGGAGAAAAAGGAGGACUCGGAACUAAAGAUUUCUUCUAGUCCCCCCGAGGACCCUCUGAUCAGCCCGAGCCUCAGUUACAAUUUGGAGACCAACAGCCUGAACUCAGAUGUGAGCAGCGAAUCAUCUGACAGCUCAGAGGAACUUUCGCCUACUACCAAGUUUCCCUCUGACCCUAUCAGCGAAGUGUUAGUCAAUUCAGGAACUCUGAGCUCCUCUGUCACCUCCACACCUCCUUCUUCUCCUGAACUGAGUAGAGAACCUUCUCAACUUUGGGGUUGUGUGCCGGGAGAGCUACCCUCGCCGGGGAAGGUGCGCAGUGGGACUUCGGGGAAGCCGGGUGACAAGGGUAGUGGCGACAGCUCCCCAGACGGCAGGAGGAGGGUGCAUCGGUGCCACUUUAAUGGCUGCAGAAAAGUUUACACCAAAAGCUCCCACUUGAAAGCACAUCAGCGCACUCACACAGGAGAAAAGCCUUACAGAUGCUCAUGGGAAGGGUGUGAGUGGCGUUUUGCAAGAAGUGAUGAGUUAACCAGACACUUCCGAAAGCACACCGGUGCCAAGCCUUUUAAAUGCUCUCACUGUGACAGGUGUUUCUCCAGGUCUGACCACCUGGCCCUGCACAUGAAGCGGCACCUCUGAGGGAGCAGAGGGGUAAAUCCUGUAGGCUAAAAGGCUUCCAGGCUGAGAGACAGCCGUGGAAGGAGGGAUGCGUGUUCCAGCCAAAGCAUGCCAUUUUGCACCCUACCCAGUUGCCUCCAGGGCCUCUCUGAAAGGUCUUUCGAGGGCUGACCGAGUCACGUCAGAAGCGGCAUUACCACCUGUGGUGCAUGGUGUGGGGGUGACCCUGGACUCGCCGCUGAUACCUGACCUUCUGCGAGGCUCCACGCCUUCGCUGUGAGCAUGCGCACUGAGAAUGUUCAUGGUUGGGCUGACUGUAUGUUGAGGAUCUAUUACUGACUGUAUGAUGCGGCAGACUUUUUUCCCUUGUGGUAGCGAAACUGCAAGACACAGGAAAAAAGUAGUUUGAAUGUUUUGUGUGUAAGGAGUAUACCGUGAGAUGAGACGACCACCAAUCAUUUCCUGGGAGGGUGUCUGCACCUUAGAAAAAUACAAAAACAAAACAAAACAAAAAAACAGGAAAAAAAAAAAAAAAAGAGGAGGGUGGGAGUGGGAACUCAGGACCCCAGAGAGGCAUGUGGUGUGGGCAGGGGGCCUCUGCCCCCUUCCUGUGUGAGAGGAACUGUUGGUGUCUGGUGCAGCUAUUAAACGUGCAAUGUGUCAAGUAGCUUGUUUUACUUGCUACAGAGGAGCUCACUUGUAACCCAUUGUAUAAGCUGUAUUUACGAAUAUAACACAAUGAUAAUUUUUCCUUAUAAUACAAGAAGUCAUGCAUGGUCUGGGGAACUAUAUGCUUUUCCAUUUUAAAAUCUGGACUGCGAUCUUGAUUCCAAUUAAUGAGCAGCUAAGAUACAAUUUGUCUAAUACAGUCAUCCCUAGCCUCAAGGGCCUGGCAAGACACAAUUUUUCCCCCUUGUGUUUUAUAACACUCCUCUUCCAGAAAGGUGUUGUGCAGCGUAGGAUUAUUUUUAAAAUGAUUCUGAAUUUGAAAUAAGUUUUUGGAGAAUUUUGUGAUGCCCUUUGAAGAAGAAAUUGGACAUGUGCCGAGUGUCCAAAAGCUGGGGCUGGAAAUUGCUGGUCUAAUGUUACAUUAGGCUAAGAAAGAACCUAAAAUUUUUCACAGUUGGGUGAAUAAAACCACUAAAGCUUAGAAACUUUUUCUCAUGCAGCUAUGUUUCUCUUAUUUAUGCCUUGAGGACUAAUUUCUGGUUUUCUAGCUGUUAAUGCACUGUUGACCUUCAUAAUGGUGCCUUAUGCAGGUGGCCCCCAUGUCGGGGUCUCAUACAGGGGUAUGGGUGAUGCAUGCUUUAUUAAGGCUCUUUUUUCACCUGGCAUUGUACUGUAUCAAUGUAUAAUACAGAAAAACAGACAAAAAAAAAUAACCUCUUUAAGGUCCUCCUUCACAAAGACAAAUAGAUGAAAACUCCCUCGACGUGUCGGUAUUUGUUCAAUAUUUUAGACAACUUGACUGUCAGUGUUAAAAAUGGAAAAAAAAAAAACCUAUGUGGUAAUUGAAAAAAAUCUGACCAAUUCUGCCACCGUGAGACUUUCAUAUAGACCUUGCACAACAAUUGUAUAGAUCACACACCGGCUGUAUUUAAUAUGUAACAUGUUCACACAUAUUAAAGAUACAGAAGUAUUAAAAAACAAUGUCAAUGUAUUUGCUUAAAAGGCACAAGUUUCACAUAUCUAUCUAGCUAUCUGUUGGUAAUACAGAAAGUAUACUACUUUUUUUAAAAAGUGGGCAGAAUUCUUGUGUAUGUAUAUUUGUGUGUAUAGUAUGUGUGUGUAUAUAUAUUAUAUAUAUAGGUAAUAUAUAAAUAUUUUUUUUAAGGAGAAACUAGAAUGUUUAGCUAGAAAAUUCUACAGCCUGUGAAGUAUUUCAAAAUGGCCAUAAAGGAGGUAAAAAUGAAAACUAUAACCUAAGUUUUGUAGAGGCUUUAUCUUUAAUUUAAUGAUUUGCUGAAGACUGUUUUGGCAUGAGUCUAUUCCAGACUACCAGCUUGCCCGUCCUUGUUGGCAUGUCUGGCAUAGGGCACCUUUGGCCAUUCAGAAGUGGCAUGAACAGAAUACCGGCAUACCAGUUGGACUCAGACACACCAUGGUUUGGAUUUGAAUUUCAGCCUUAUUAGAAGAUCUAACCUAAGAGUAAGCUAAUCACAGGGAUUCUUUUUUAGACACUUUUUAUGCAGAUAAAGCUAUUUUUUCCAGCAUGUAGAUCCUUCCAGUUUUUCCAAGGAACGAUUUCCCCAAAUUGACAUACCACACAGAAUGGAAAGCAGACAUUUCAUCCAGUACCUAGCCGCUGCUGCUGGGUGUUGGGUCUGGAAUGUGUAUAUAUAUGCACACACAUACAUGUAUGCGUAUGUAUAUGUAUAUGAGUCUGGCUGAGCUGGUAUUUUGUUUGAUCUUCCUGGAAAUGAGCAGCGAUUCAAGCUCACAUAACUGGUUUUUUUAUCUGGGCUGAUGAAUACAUUUACCUAAAGAACUUACUUCAUUUUGAUUGGGGAAAAAUGCACUUUGUGUUUGGCAAUUCAAAAUCCAAGCACCUGAUUCGCUGGGUUUUGGAAAACUCCUUUUUUGGCCCUGCUGUGUGCUUAGCCAUAACAAUUCCAUGAAGCAAGAAGGUAAACAGACAAAAAAAAAAACUUGCACUGGCCUGUCUCACUUACGAAACACCACGGAGGUGGUUUGACUGGGUGGGGCUGGGGGCCAUGUACGUCCAUGCCUGUAAUUUUCAUAAUAAGCAAGUACAUAAAGAAGUACAUUCUGUUCAGGUGAUAACUGAGCCUCAAUCAAGCAGAAACUUUUUGCUUGAAAUUAAAAAAAAUUUCUAUUAGUGAAAUUUCUUUUUUUUUUUUUUUGGAAGCACCCUGUUAUCUAAAGAAUCUUUGUAAGAUUUUUGUAAAAUUUUGUUUUACAAGAUUUUAUUUGAAAUUGUUUUUUGCAAGAUUGUUAUAUUUCUGUAUGAAUGUAUUUUUUAUUGGAAUAACAUAAAAGAAUUCUUAUCAGCG